AUGCUUAUUGCUUUGAAUUGUGGAACCCUGGCUCUCCUCACACUAGGCCUGAAAUUCUGUUAUUAUCUUUCUGAUGUUACUCCAGAAGCUGAUAUAUUUGGCGAAUUGAGUUCUCGGUGUUCCAAAGAGGUUGUGCUUGAGGAGACUGAUUCACUUGAAUAUGCAGAUGAAGCUUCAUCGGAUUUCUACCAAAUUGUUCAUGUGUUGAUAUUCAUGUUUUCGGAUUCAAUUCUCAUUCUGAUUCUGCUGCUAAGAAUUGAACUUAUAGGAGCUAUUAAUGUGCUGGAUGGGACUACAUGGAUCCGUCAUAUGUCGCCUUUUGACAAGGCUGUUUGGCUUUAUUACGUCAAUCUUGUGUUCGAUGUUCUCUCUCUCACUCUUCAUUUCUCGAACCACGUACAUAUGCUUAUAUGGACUCGAAUGGCGUCUCUGACGAGUCCCAUCAUUUGCAUCCAGAUAUUCAUUAGCUAUGGAUGUCUGGCUCGACGUCUUAGACGUCACUUCGCUUACCAAAAUCACGUUAGGGUCGUUCGUCAAGAAUUCCCACUAGAGUACAUUGAUCGCAAAAUGAUUGAUGUGGAUAAAACCAAGGAUGAAGGGCAGGCUCGGGAACCAGAGACCUGCGCCAUAUGUUGGGACCCUCUGUGGAGUUGGCGGAGGCUGCCCUGUAAUCACUGUUUCCAUGAAUCCUGCUUGACGAUGUGGAUUGACCAAGAUCUUAGCUGUCCCACCUGCAGGCAUCGUAUUCUACCUCAAGUUUCACGUCGCCAGCGUAGGACGCAACGCCCGAGCGUAAUUGGAGCAGUUGUGCGCGACCUUUUUAGCUUGUUCGAUAGAGGCGAUGUAGAAUCGCCGCCUCACCGAACUGCUGAAAAUCAGCAGGCCAUGCGUAACAUGCUAGUUCGUCUAAGGCAGCGCGGCGUGGCUCGUGCCACCGGUCCUUCAUUUGAUUUCAGCGUCCGCGUCACCUUGGGCUCUGGCAGACAUCUGACACAGCAUGCUGCUCAACUACCUGCAAACGAAAUAGCCCAAGCAAAUCAUGAUACACCAACGAACGAUCAGCAUCAACAUGACCAUGUAAUACACUCAACGACUCGCAGUCGUUUUUAUCGCUUCGAUGGGUCUCGCUACAUCUCGUGGCUACCUGCCCUUGACAUUGAGUUCUCCGAGACCGAACAGCAUGUGGCACCUAUGAAUGAGUCGCCAGCAGCGGUUGUUAUCCACCAACACCAGAAUCAGAGGCAGCGCGCAUCGACAACGACCAUUUCGCGAUUGCUUCCCUUCCACGCCACUACUACCGACGGUGCGCAUAGACGUCGCCAUUUGGUGCGUGGUCUCUCGUCUAGCAUGCGCGCCCAGGCAGAGCAGAUUGGUGCGGCCUUUCCUGGCAUCUCAAUGCAAGCGAUUUUGGCUGACCUUGCGGUGACUCGUGUGCCAGAAGUUACUGUUGAGAAUAUUCUUGCAGGGCGCGUAGUGGGCACGGAGAGCGUUUCGUUAUCUGAGGAAUCUCCUCAGGAGAGUUCUAGUAUUAGCAGCGCUUUUGAAGGGCUAACUGCUGAGAAUAUGGCUCCUUCCACCUCUGUUCGUCCACCUUUGGAGACUGAGACAACAGUGGCGGGAGCAGAACACGAACUCUCUACCAAGGAGCAACAAGUCUCAGGUUCCUCUUUGAUAGCUCAACGAAAGCAGCAGAUGUUUGCGCGAGCCCGCCAGCACUUCCUCCUCCUGCAGCAGCGUCGCAGGCCAUCGUAA